AUGCCGUCUCUCCGAAGCCAGCUUCUGGCCUGCCUCCUCCUCGGCCUCGUAUCGGGCCGCAAGAUCCCAACCAACGUCAAGAACUUUUACAACACCGUUGUGACCCAGGGCGAGUGCAUUGAUAAACUCGCCAGUGGCUUCCAUAGCAUUGAAGGCGACUCGGGCAAGUUUUCGUACUGCGGCGACCAUGUGAAUGACUAUAACGUCAUCUACAUCCAGGGCAAGAAUGGCACUUUAGCUAACAUGGAUGUCGACUGCGAUGGCAUCCAGGGUAGCCAAGCCGAUGACGGCCGAUGCGAAAGCUCCGACGAUACGCAGUCCAUUACCUCAUUCCAGGAUAUCGUCCAGGGAUAUAAAACAGGCCAAAAGGACUUGGACUCCAAUAUCCACCCAUAUGUUGUUUUUGGAAAUGAAGGCACCAAGAAACACUGGCAUAAGUUUGACCCUCGAGACUACGGCAUUGAGCCUCUGAGCAUCAUGGCUGUUGUUUGUAAUAAUAAGCUGAUCUACGGCAUCUGGGGUGAUGAGAACGGCGACGACGGCACAGAGGCCAUGGUCGGCGAGACAUCCCUCUCUCUUGCGACGGCCUGCUUUGGAAAAGAGAUGAACGGCAACAAUGGCUACGACGGCAACGACAUCCUGUACAUUGCCUUCCCCGGCAGUGACGCAGUCCCCGGAGCUAAGGGUGCAUUAUGGAACGCGAAAAACUACACCGCAUUUGAAGCUAGUAUUAGGACACAUGGUGAUGUGUUGAUUGCACGUAUUGGCAACAACUCGAGUGGUAACUGCACGGGAUCGAGCGGCUACUGCCAUGUUCCAACAAGCAGCGGCUCGUUAACUGCAGUGGGCUCUUUAUGGAUGGGUGGACAGGCGCUGCUAGCUCUUAUUAUGGCGGUUGCUCUGAUAAUGUAA